AUGAAGUUUCCAAAAUUUAAUGUGCCAAAAUUUGGAAUUUCUGCACCAGAUAUUAAAGCUCCAAAAAUGAGUCUUGAUGUCAGCUUGCCAAAAGCUGAAAUUACUCUCCCAAAACUUGAAACUGAUAUUAAAAUUCCAGAAGCCGAUAUACAACCUGGCAAGUUAGAAGGUGGAAUUGGUGUCGGAGGUAUACAUUUGGAGGCUCCGGAUGUCAGUCUAAACCUGCCAAAGGCAGAAAUGCCAUCAGCAGAUAUAUCUAUGCCAAAGGUGAAAGGUAAAGCUGACAUUAAUGUAGCUGUAGAGAAGCCUGAUGUUGAUGUUUCCACAACAGGAAUAUCAAUAGAUCAACAAACUAUUGGAGCUGACAUCCAGGCACCAGAAAUAGAUGUGGAUAUUGAAUCUCACGAUGGCAAGAUUAAAGGGCAUAGUGGGAAGUUUAAAAUGCCAUCCAUGAAAAAGCCUUCAUUUGGAAUAACUCUUCCCAAAUUCAAAGGUCCAGAGGUGGAUUUGGACGUGAAGAAGCCAGACAUAGAUGUUUCCAUGACAAUGCCUGAAGUGGAGAUGGAGGACAAAAUGCUUGAAGUCUCUGCUCCAGAGUGUGAACUUGAUGCAGAUGCUUCGCAUGUCGAUAUUGAAGGCAAAGGAGGGAAAAUGAAGCUCCCAAAAUUUAAAGUGCCAAAAUUUGGAAUUUCUGCACCAGAUAUUAAAGCUCCAAAAAUGAGUCUUGAUGUCAGCCUACCAAAAGCUGAUAUUACUCUCCCGAAACUUAAAACUGACAUUAAAAUUCCAGAAGCCGAUAUACAACCUGGCAAGUUAGAAGGUGAAAUUGGUGUCGGAGGUAUACAUGUGGAGGCUCCGGAAGUCAGUCUAAAAAUGCCAAAGGUAGAAAAGCCAUCAACAGAUAUAUCUAUGCCAAAUGUGGAAGGUAAAGCUGACAUUAAUGUAGCUGUAGAGAAGCCUGAUGUUGAUGUUUCCACAACAGGAAUAUCAAUAGAUCAACAAACUAUUGGAGCUGACAUCCAGGCACCAGAAAUAGAUGUGGAUAUUGAAUCUCACGAUGGCAAGAUUAAAGGGCAUAGUGGGAAGUUUAAAAUGCCAUCCAUGAAAAAGCCUUCAUUUGGAAUAACUCUUCCCAAAUUCAAAGGUCCAGAGGUGGAUUUGGACGUGAAGAAGCCAGACAGAGAUGUUUCCAUGACAAUGCCUGAAGUGGAGAUGGAGGACAAAAUGCUUGAAGUCUCUGCUCCAGAGUGUGAACUUGAUGCAGAUGCUUCGCAUGUCGAUAUUGAAGGCAAAGGAGGGAAAAUGAAGCUCCCAAAAUUUAAAGUGCCAAAAUUUGGAAUUUCUGCACCAGAUAUUAAUGCUCCAAAAAUGAGCCUUGAUGUCAGCUUACCAAAAGCUGAUAUUACUCUCCCGAAACUUGAAACUGACAUUAAAAUUCCAGAGGCCGAUAUACAACCUGGCAAGUUAGAAGGUGAAAUUGGUGUCGGAGGUAUACAUGUGGAGGCUCCGGAAGUCAGUCUAAAAAUGCCAAUGGUAGAAAAGCCAUCAACAGAUAUAUCUAUGCCAAAUGUGGAAGGUAAAGCUGACAUUAAUGUAGCUGUAGAGAAGCCUGAUGUUGAUGUUUCCACAACAGGAAUAUCAAUAGAUCAACAAACUAUUGGAGCUGACAUCCAGGCACCAGAAAUAGAUGUGGAUAUUGAAUCUGACGAAGGGAAGCUGAAAGGUCAUGGUGGAAAGUUUAAAAUGCCAUCCAUGAAAAUGCCUUCAUUGGGAAUAACUCUUCCCAAAUUCAAAGGUCCAGACAUAGAUUUGGACGUGAAGAAGCCAGACAUAGAUGUUUCCAUGACAAUGCCUGAAGUGGAGAUGGAGGACAAAAUGCUUGAAGUCUCCGCUCCAGAGUGUGAACUUGAUGUAGAUGCUUCGCAUGUCGACAUUGAAGGCAAAGGAGGGAAAAUGAAGCUCCCAAAAUUUAAAGUGCCAAAAUUUGGAAUUUCUGCACCAGAUAUUAAAGCUCCAAAAAUGAGUCUUGAUGUCAGCUUACCAAAAGCUGAUAUUACUCUCCCAAAACUUGAAACUGACAUUAAAAUUCCAGAAGCCGAUAUACAACCUGGCAAGUUAGAAGGUGAAAUUGGUGUCGGAGGUAUACAUGUGGAGGCUCCGGAAGUAAGUCUAAAAAUGCCAAAGGUAGAAAUGCCAUCAGCAGAUAUAUCUAUGCCAAAGAUGAAAGGUAAAGCUGACAUUAAUGUAGCUGUAGAGAAGCCUGAUGUUGAUGUUUCCACAACAGGAAUAUCAAAAGAUCAACAAACUAUUGGAGCUGACAUCCAGGCACCAGAAAUAGAUGUGGAUAUUGAAUCUCUCGAUGCGAAGAUUAAAGGCCAUGGUGGGAAGUUUAAAAUGCCAUCCAUGAAAAAGCCUUCAUUUGGAAUAACUCUUCCCAAAUUCAAAGGUCCAGAGGUGGAUGUGGAUGUGAAGAAGCCAGACAUAGAUGUUUCCAUGACAAAGCCUGAAGUGGAGAUAGAGGACAGGAUGCUUGAAGUGUCCGCUCCAGAGUGUGACCUUGAUGUAGAUUCAUCAGAAGUGGAUAUUAAAGGCAAAGGAGGGAAAAUGAAGUUUCCAAAAUUUAAUGUGCCAAAAUUUGGAAUUUCUGCACCAGAUAUUAAAGCUCCAAAAAUGAGUCUUGAUGUCAGCUUGCCUAAAGCUGAUAUUACUCUCCCAAAACUUGAAACUGAUAUUAAAAUUCCAGAAGCCGAUAUACAACCUGGCAAGUUAGAAGGUGGAAUUGGUGUUGGAGGUAUACAUUUGGAGGCUCCGGAAGUCAGUCUAAAAAUGCCAAAGGUAGAAAAGCCAUCAAUAGAUAUAUCUAUGCCAAAUGUGGAAGGUAAAGCUGACAUUAAUGUAGCUGUAGAGAAGCCUGAUGUUGAUGUUUCCACAACAGAAAUAUCAAUAGAUCAACAAACUAUUGGAGCUGACAUCCAGGCACCAGAAAUAGAUGUGGAUAUUGAAUCUGACGAAGGGAAGCUGAAAGGUCAUGGUGGAAAGUUUAAAAUGCCAUUCAUGAAAAUGCCUUCAUUGAGAAUAACUCUUCCCAAAUUCAAAGGUCCAGACAUAGAUUUGGACGUGAAGAAGCCAGACAUAGAUGUUUCCAUGACAAUGCCUGAAGUGGAGAUGGAGGACAAAAUGCUUGAAGUCUCCGCUCCAGAGUGUGAACUUGAUGUAGAUUCAUCAGAAGUGGAUAUUAAAGGCAAAGGAGGGAAAAUGAAGUUUCCAAAAUUUAAUGUGCCAAAAUUUGGAAUUUCUGCACCAGAUAUUAAAGCUCCAAAAAUGAGUCUUGAUGUCAGCCUACCAAAAGCUGAUAUUACUCUCCCGAAACUUAAAACUGACAUUAAAAUUCCAGAAGCCGAUAUACAACCUGGCAAGUUAGAAGGUGAAAUUGGUGUCGGAGGUAUACAUGUGGAGGCUCCGGAAGUCAGUCUAAAAAUGCCAAAGGUAGAAAAGCCAUCAACAGAUAUAUCUAUGCCAAAUGUGGAAGGUAAAGCUGACAUUAAUGUAGCUGUAGAGAAGCCUGAUGUUGAUGUUUCCACAACAGGAAUAUCAAUAGAUCAACAAACUAUUGGAGCUGACAUCCAGGCACCAGAAAUAGAUGUGGCUAUUGAAUCUCACGAUGCGAAGAUUAAAGGCCAUGGUGGGAAGUUUAAAAUGCCAUCCAUGAAAAUGCCUUCAUUGGGAAUAACUCUUCCCAAAUUCAAAGGUCCAGAGGUGGAUUUGGACGUGAAGAAGCCAGACAUAGAUGUUUCCAUGACAAUGCCUGAAGUGGAGAUGGAGGACAAAAUGCUUGAAGUCUCCGCUCCAGAGUGUGAACUUGAUGUAGAUGCUUCGCAUGUCGACAUUGAAGGCAAAGGAGGGAAAAUGAAGCUCCCAAAAUUUAAAGUGCCAAAAUUUGGAAUUUCUGCACCAGAUAUUAAAGCUCCAAAAAUGAGUCUUGAUGUCAGCUUACCAAAAGCUGAUAUUACUCUCCCGAAACUUGAAACUGACAUUAAAAUUCCAGAAGCCGAUAUACAACCUGGCAAGUUAGAAGGUGAAAUUGGUGUCGGAGGUAUACAUGUGGAGGCUCCGGAAGUCAGUCUAAAAAUGCCAAAGGUAGAAAUGCCAUCAGCAGAUAUAUCUAUGCCAAAGGUGAAAGGUAAAGCUGACAUUAAUGUAGCUGUAGAGAAGCCUGAUGUUGAUGUUUCCACAACAGAAAUAUCAAUAGAUCAACAAACUAUUGGAGCUGACAUCCAGGCACCAGAAAUAGAUGUGGAUAUUGAAUCUCUCGAUGCGAAGAUUAAAGGCCAUGGUGGGAAGUUUAAAAUGCCAUCCAUGAAAAUGCCUUCAUUUGGAAUAACUCUUCCCAAAUUCAAAGGUCCAGAGGUGGAUGUGGAUGUGAAGAAGCCAGACAUAGAUGUUUCCAUGACAAAGCCUGAAGUGGAGAUAGAGGACAGGAUGCUUGAAGUGUCCGCUCCAGAGUGUGAACUUGAUGUAGAUUCAUCAGAAGUGGAUAUUAAAGGCAAAGGAGGGAAAAUGAAGUUUCCAAAAUUUAAUGUGCCAAAAUUUGGAAUUUCUGCACCAGAUAUUAAAGCUCCAAAAAUGAGUCUUGAUGUCAGCUUGCCAAAAGCUGAUAUUACUCUCCCAAAACUUGAAACUGAUAUUAAAAUUCCAGAAGCCGAUAUACAACCUGGCAAGUUAGAAGGUGGAAUUGGUGUUGGAGGUUUACAUUUGGAGGCUCCGGAAGUCAGUCUAAACCUGCCAAAGGCAGAAAUGCCAUCAGCAGAUAUAUCUAUGCCAAAGGUGAAAGGUAAAGCUGACAUUAAUAUAGCUGUAGAGAAGCCUGAUGUUGAUGUUUCCACAACAGGAAUAUCAAUAGAUCAACAAACUAUUGGAGCUGACAUCCAGGCACCAGAAAUAGAUGUGGAUAUUGAAUCUCACGAUGGCAAGAUUAAAGGGCAUAGUGGGAAGUUUAAAAUGCCAUCCAUGAAAAAGCCUUCAUUUGGAAUAACUCUUCCCAAAUUCAAAGGUCCAGAGGUGGAUUUGGACGUGAAGAAGCCAGACAUAGAUGUUUCCAUGACAAUGCCUGAAGUGGAGAUGGAGGACAAAAUGCUUGAAGUCUCCGCUCCCGAGUGUGAACUUGAUGCAGAUGCUUCGCAUGUCGAUAUUGAAGGCAAAGGAGGGAAAAUGAAGCUCCCAAAAUUUAAAGUGCCAAAAUUUGGAAUUUCUGCACCAGAUAUUGAAGCUCCAAAAAUGAGUCUUGAUGUCAGCUUACCAAAAGCUGAUAUUAUUCUUCCGAAACUUGAAACUGAUAUUAAAAUUCCAGAAGCCGAUAUACAACCUGGCAAGUUAGAAGGUGAAAUUGGUGUCGGAGGUAUACAUGUGGAGGCUCCGGAAGUCAGUCUAAAAAUGCCAAAGGUAGAAAAGCCAUCAACAGAUAUAUCUAUGCCAAAUGUGGAAGGUAAAGCUGACAUUAAUGUAGCUGUAGAGAAGCCUGAUGUUGAUGUUUCCACAACAGGAAUAUCAAUAGAUCAACAAACUAUUGGAGCUGACAUCCAGGCACCAGAAAUAGAUGUGGAUAUUGAAUCUCACGAUGCGAAGAUUAAAGGCCAUGGUGGGAAGUUUAAAAUGCCAUCCAUGAAAAUGUCUUCAUUUGGAAUAACUCUUCCCAAAUUCAAAGGUCCAGAGGUGGAUUUGGACGUGAAGAAGCCAGACAUAGAUGUUUCCAUGACAAAGCCUGAAGUGGAGAUAGAGGACAAAAUGCCUGAAGUGUCCGCUCCAGAGUGUGAAGUUGAUUUAGAUUCAUCGCAAGUGGAUAUUGAAGGCAAAAGAGGGAAAAUGAAGUUCCCAAAAUUUAAGGUGCCAAAAUUUGGAAUUUCUGCACCUGAUAUUAAAGCUCCAAAAAUGAGUCUUGAUGUCAGCUUGCCAAAAACUGAUAUUACUCUCCCAAAACUGGAUGCUGAUAUUAAAAUUCCAGAAGCCGAUAUACAACCUGGUAAGUUAGAAGGUGAAAUUGGUGUCGGAGGUAUACAUGUGGAGGCUCCGGAAUUCAGUCUGAAAAUGCCAAAGGUAGAAAAGCAAUCAACAGAUAUAUCUAUGCCAAAGUUGGAAGGUAAAGCUGACAUUAAUGUAUCCGUAGACAAGCCUGAUGUUGAUGUUUCUGCACCAGAAAUGUCAAUAGAUCAACAAAGCAUUGGAGCUGACAUCCAGGCACCAGAAUUAGAUGUGGAAAUUGAAUCUGACGAAGGGAAGCUGAAAGGUCGUGGUGGAAAGUUUAAAAUGCCAUCCAUGAAAAUGCCUUCAUUUGGAAUAACUCUUCCCAAAUUCAAAGGUCCAGACAUAGAUUUGGACGUGAAGAAGCCAGACAUAGAUGUUUCCAUGACAAUGCCUGAAGUGGAGAUAGAGGACAAAAUGCCUGAAGUGUCCGCUCCAGAGUGUGAACUUGAUUUAGAUUCAUCGCAAGUGGAUAUUGAAGGCAAAAGAGGGAAAAUGAAGUUCCCAAAAUUUAAAGUGCCAAAAUUUGGAAUUUCUGCACCUGAUAUUAAAGCUCCAAAAAUGAGUCUUGAUGUCAGCUUGCCAAAAACUGAUAUUACUCUCCCAAAACUGGAUGCUGAUAUUAAAAUUCCAGAAGCUGAUAUACAACCUGGUAAGUUAGAAGGUGAAAUUGGUGUCGGAGGUAUACAUGUGGAGGCUCCGGAAGUCAGUCUAAAAAUGCCAAAGGUAGAAAAGCCAUCAACAGAUAUAUCUAUGCCAAAGUUGGAAGGUAAAGCUGACAUUAAUGUAUCCGUAGAGAAGCCUGAUGUUGAUGUUUCUGCACCAGAAAUGUCAAUAGAUCAACAAACCAUUAGUGCUGACAUCCAGGCACCAGAAAUAGAUGUGGAUAUUGAAUCGCACGAAGGGAAGCUGAAAGGCCGUGGUGGGAAGUUUAAAAUGCCAUCUAUGAAAAUGCCUUCAUUUGGAAUAUCUCUUCCCAAACUCAAAGGUCCAGAGUUGGAUUUGGACGUGAAGAAGCCAGACAUAGAUGUUUCCAUGACAAAGCCUGAAGUGGAGAUAGAGGACAAAAUGCUUGAAGUGUCCGCUCCAGAGUGUGAACUUGACGUAGAUUCAUCAGAAGUGGAUAUUGAAGGCAAAAGCAGGAAUAUGAAUGUCCGAAAAGUUGAAAUUUCUGAAUCAUAUAUUAAAGACCCAAAAACAAGCAUUGAUAUCAACUUGCCCAAAGUUACUCUCCUAAAAUAUGAUGCUGACAUUAAAAUUUCAGAAGCCGAGCUACAAACAGGUAAGAUAGAGGGUGAAAUUGGUGUUGGAGGUAUACAUGUGGAGGCUCCGGAUAUCAGCUUAAAAAUGCACAAGGUUGAAAAGCCAUCAACACAUGUAUGUGUUCCAAAGGCGGAAUGUACAUUCGACCUUGAUGCAGUUUUAUUGACAAAACCUGAAGUGGACGUUGAGAGCGAAGUGCUUGAAGUGUCCGCUCCAGAGAGUGAACCUCGUGUUGAUUCGUCUGAAGUUGAAGUACGGGGUGAAAUGAUUGAUGUGGUUGCUCCGUAUUGUGGAUUAGAUGUAGACGCUCUGGACUUGGAAAGUGAUGGGAAAGGUGAGAAAAUAAAACCCUCUAAAUUUAAAAUGCCAAGUGUUGGAACUUCACCUGUUUUGAAUGUUAAAUGUGAAACUGUUGAAGUCUUGCCUUUGCAAUCUGAAGCUUGUAUCGACAGCUCUGUUGAGGAAGACGAAGGAAGCAGAGGAAAAAUAAAAAUUGCGAAAUUUAAAUUGCCAAAAUUUGGAAUUAUUCCCCCUGAUAUUGCAACAAAAAGUGAGACUGCAAGUUUGCCAAUGGGCUUCAAAAGCCCAGGCCUUAAUGUUGAAGCAGCAAGACUGAGUGUGCAUACGGAUUCAAUGGAUGUUAACAUCGUGGAUGGAGAUAAUCUGAAAAUGCCAGAGGUUAAAGUGCAGUCAUCUGGAGUUUCUACAUUUACAUUUCCAGAUGUGGAUUUUGGCUUUACAACACCAAAGGAAGACUCAGAUCCUGCCAAAGAACCAGUUCUGGAAAAGAUGGGCAAAGGUCUGAAUAAAGCUACACCUGAAGUUUCCCUGACAAAUGUUGCAUUAGAAACAAAAGAUAGUUCCGCACCAAAAGAAAAGGCAAGUUGGUUUAAAUUUCCAAAAAUUAGCUUUUCAUCACCAUGGAAAAAAGAGCCAAAUACUGCUGGAGAGAAACAAGCUUCACAUGAAGCUACAGUGCUAGGUGCUGAAGCACAUAAACUUGGUCUCAAAACUACUGAAAUGACAACUCAUGGUCAUCAGUCUACAGAUAAAGCAGCAGUUGAUGAAAGUGUUGAAAAUAUAGUUUCAGCAGAUGACAGUGGUCAAACGGUAACUAAAUGCAAAAAUGUUGAUGUCAUAACAACAGAUGAGCAUGUGCAAAAGUCCAGCCAAGUAGUAACAUCGACUGCCAGAACUGAGCUUGCUUUGCUUGAGUCAGCUGAUUUCGCGAUGAAUAUAAAGUCAUUCAAGACAAAAAAAAUGCCCUUGUCUGAAAGUCCUCAUCAAAGCCAAGAUCAAACCUUUGAAACGUCAACUGGAAUUCUUCAAACUACUUUGACUGAAAGUAAAAGAACAAGAACGUUCAAGGAACAAAGUACAGACAAGCCACAAAUUUUUCAAGCUCCCAAACUAUCAGAAUAUUCAUAUUCUGAAAGUUCAUCGCAAACGUAUCCGAAAGAACAUUCCACAAAUAUCACUAUGAAAUACAGCAUUCAAGAAUGUGCUGCCAGUGAGCCUUCUGGACAAGAAAAUGUUACUGAUGAGUGUUCUUCAUUCCAGUCAUCUAAAUCAGAAUGUACUGAAUCUCUCAAAAGCCACUCCUCUAAGAAUUUUACCGAAACUGCAAUAAUCUUAACUGAGAAUCCUGAAGUACACGAAGGCACUGUUCUAGAAGCAGCACCUACUGAAGGGUCAUCCAUGGUUUUCCAAAGAAACAUGGAAAAAAAAUCAGAGUGAAGAAAAGCAGUUAUAUUAAACAUCCCAAGUUCCUUCAGUUACCUUCUCUGUAUCUGAAUCUGAGACAACACAGAUUAACAAUUCUGUAACCAAGGAGCAAGAUAUAUAUUUACAGUUUUGUUUAUAAUUGUGAAAUGAUGCUUUUCACAAUAUAUUCAUCUACUGUUUUCUGCAUUUAAUCAAAUGUUACUUGAUUAUUCUUAGCAAAAUAUAUAUUCUGCAGAACAAUAAGGACAUUGCACACAGCAUCUAUUGUUAAAAAUUACAGGCUCACAUAUAAGAGAACUCACUUUAAGAUCUGAAUUUAAAUUGUACAUUAUUUUAGACAGCUAUGUAUAGAUUGCUCCAAUGCUGUUUUUGGCUUAUAUGUAAAAAAAAAUUCUUACUUCCUAAGCUUCAUUUCACACCACAUAUCAUCAAUCAGUUUACCUUUGUUGACAUUACAUUAUAUGACCCUUUCAGAAUAGUCACCUGCACAGUCAGAAUAUAUUUUAUAAUAUAUACAUAUAUAAAACAUCGUCAAAUACAAAGUAAAGUUCCUUUGAAUCACUUUGCAUCAGCAAGUAGAAACAUACAUCACAUUGCACUAGUAUUCUAUGUUUUCAUCUUAAUCCAGACUAGACCUUUGUGAUGAAUAUUAACAAUUCAAAUAAAUUUAAUAGCAAUUUUGUGAAUAUUUUUAUCCCAGAGGUAUUCAGUCUAUAUCUUUGUCUUGAAAAAUCAAUGUCUAAUCCAUUACACUACCCAGCUUUUCACAAUCAUUCUGAAAUGUUUACAUAGGAUUUCAUGUAAUGGAACUCAAGCUCUUGUAUUAAUUAGCAUCAUAAAUUAUUUCAAAUGCAUGCAGAUGAAUAAUAUCCAAUCAACAAAAAUGUCUAAAAGAAUAUACAUGCACAGUAUAUUCCAAGUGAUUAAAGCCAACAUAUCAGUGGAGCUUAAUGGAUAGAAAGCUAAUUUGUUCUUCUACUGAAAUCCUGAAUAUGUUUUAAAAUUUGUGUGAAUAUUUUUGUUGUAAAUAUAGUUCACUGACAAUUUGUAUUCUGAAACAGCUGCUGAUAUAUACCAUGAUUACUUUAAGGUAUUACCCAUUUGAAAUAGUACUUUUGUUUUGUUAGGUUAGCUGAAAGUAACUCUGAAAGCAUCUGCCAACUCUGUAUAUGUGUCAUCAAUAAAUCAGAUG